ACUGCCGGGACGGCCGGGAGCGGGCGGCAUGGCGGCGGCGGGGACCGCGGCGGGGCCGGCGGGGCCUGAGCCCAUGCCUAGCUACGCGCAGCUGGUGCAGCGCGGCUGGGGCAGUGCGCUGGCGGCGGCGCGGGGCUGCGCGGACUGCGGCUGGGGGUUGGCUCGCCGCGGCCUGGCCGAGCACGCGCACCUGGCGCCUCCCGAGCUGCUGCUGCUGGCGCUCUGCGCACUCGGCUGGACCGCGCUGCGCUCGGCGGCCACUUCGCGCCUCUUUCGGCCCCUAGCCAAGCGGUGCCGCCUCCAGCCUAGAGAUGCCGCCAAGAUGCCUGAGAGCGCCUGGAAGUUUCUCUUCUACCUGGGCGCCUGGAGCUACAGCACCUACCUGCUCUUCGGCACUGACUACCCCUUCUUUCACGACCCACCCUCCGUCUUCUAUGACUGGAAGACAGGCAUGGCGGUACCACGGGACAUCGCAGUUGCCUACCUACUACAGGGGAGCUUCUACGGCCAUUCCAUCUACGCCACGCUGUACCUGGAUGCCUGGCGCAAGGACUCAGUGGUCAUGCUAAUCCACCAUGUGGUCACCUUGGUCCUCAUUAUCUCGUCCUACGCCUUCCGGUACCACAAGGUGGGCAUCCUUGUGCUCUUCCUGCAUGACAUCAGUGACGUACAGCUGGAGUUCACCAAGCUCAAUGUCUACUUCAAGUCCCGCGGAGGAUCCCACCACCGGCUUCACGCCCUGGCUGCAGACCUGGGCUGCCUCAGCUUCAGCCUCAGCUGGUUCUGGUUCCGCCUCUACUGGUUCCCGCUCAAGGUCCUGUAUGCCACGAGCCACUGCAGCCUGCGGUCGGUGCCUGACAUCCCCUUCUACUUCUUCUUCAACGCACUCCUGCUCUUGCUCACCCUCAUGAACCUCUACUGGUUCCUGUACAUCGUGGCUUUUGCUGCCAAGGUGCUGACGGGCCAGGUGCGCGAGCUGAAGGACGUGCGGGAAUAUGACACAGCAGAGGCCCUGAGCCCCAAGCCCAGCAAAGCUGAGAAGCCGCUGAGGAAUGGACUGGUUAAGGACAAGCGCUUCUGAACCCCUCGACCCCGGCCCCGCCGCCCAGGACCCAGCCCCACCCAACCUCGCCCUCGGGGACCAGCCACGCGGCUCC